AUGAGAUCCUCCACAAUCUUCGUCGCCCUCCUCUCGUUGGCCGGAUCAGUCUCUGCAGGUGGUUUCGGUGGACUCAAACUGGGUGGUAGCUUCAACUUCGGUUGUGGUCUCCAAAUCAAAGAAAAGGCCUCAAACGAACAGAAGAACUGGUGUUCAUCAGCUGGAAGUUUCUUCACUGACUUCAACGGUAGUCCACUCUGCUGCUCGGAUCACACUAGAACACCACCUAAGAGAGAUAACGAAUGUCCUUUCGGAUGGAGCAAACAUUUCAAAACUGAUUGCUGUAUCCCCCCUAAGGAAGUAUCCCCAUGUGACUGUGGUGAAGGCUACACUUACGACAAGAAAACACACAAAUGUGUGAAGAACACUGGUAAAUGCCACGGUGGUCAAUGGUGGCACGAUCGUUCCGGUACUUGUUGCGAUAACGACUGGCAAUGGAACCCUCCUAAAGGCGACUGCCCCAAAGGCAAAUCAUGUCCAAAAGGUUGGUUCUGGCACAAGAACCUCAAGAAAUGUUUACCUACCGGUCCUGGAUCCCCUGAACCUGGCUGUGGCGAUUGGGAUGACCACAACCAAUGCUGUGGCGGUGGUAAUCCCGGUCCAUCAGGCAAGGCAGGAAACAACGGUGGUAAAGGUCAGUCUGAACAUGGUCAUCAAGGUGGCAAGUUCCCAUGGGGAGGCAAGUUCAAUCAAGCUGACUUUGAAAAUUGGUGGUCAUCUCUAUCAAAUCAUAAAGGUUGGAAGAGAGAUCUUACAGACGGUCAACAAGCUUUAUCUUUCCCUCAAAACGAUCUCGAUAAGAUGUACUGCCCAGGUGAUCUCCACGCUUGUACCGUGCCUUCUGCCUUGGGUGGUGAAUGGGCUUACGAAUGCGUUGACUUUGCUACUGAGCUCGAAGCCUGUGGAGGCUGUAUCGGAUCAGGUGGUCAAGAUUGUACUCAAAUCCCUCACGCCCUUUUUGUUGGCUGUGAGAUUGGUUCAUGUGCUGUUUACUCCUGUAAACAAGGAUUCCAAGCCAACGGCACAUCAUGUGUUCCCGUAUAA